GGUAAAGCCUCUUUGCUGUCAAGCCGUUCUCGGCCUCGAGAGCAGCAGUGCAGCGCGGGGAAAGAGCGAAGGAGAAUCCCACCGAGCUUGGCAACGAUGGCGGUGGCGUGGUGGUGGCCGUCGUCGCUGCCGGCGUGGCUGGGGUACGAGGCCGUGUGGUUCGUCGCGCUCAACGCCGUGGUCGCCGCCGUCGCCAUCCUGUCCUCCCGUGCGCGGCCAUCCCAGGCGGCGACGCCACGCCGCGGCGGCGGGGUCACGAGCAGGGCCUCCUCGGCGGUGCUGCAGAGCCUCCGCUCCUUCUCCCUCUUCUCCUUCCCGUCCGCCUGCAUGUCGUUCCUCCAGCCCGACGCCGCUGCGCCCGCCUAUCAAGAAACAGAGGAGCUGGUGCGUGUGCGUUCGCCCACCAACAAAAACAAGCCGCCGUCGACGCGCGCGCUCGUGCUCGCACCACCGCCACCCUCGGCGGCGGCAGCUGAGGAGGAGGACGACGACGAGGAGGAGGACCCGAACGCGAUGAGCAUGGACGAGGCCUACGCGCUCGUCCUUGCGUCGCGGCAGCGGCCGGAGCGGGAGCAGGAGGAGGAGGCGAGGCGGUCCGAGGUGGAUGCCAAGGCGGAGGAGUUCAUCCGGAGGUUCAAGGAGGACCAGCGGCAGCAGCGGCUCAACUCCAUCUUCAACUACACCCAGAUGCUCAAACAACGUGGGCUCGCCGCCGGCCGCCGGCCGCCGGAUGCGAGGCCAGAUCAGCUUUGACUCACUGACGUAUUCAAUUCUUUUAGAUUUUGUUUGGUCCGCAUUUUUAUGGGGGCCAGCUAUCUUUUGAUUUGUUGUUUCUUGUUUGUUUGUACAUAAGCUAGCAUAUACUGCAGGUGUACAUAUAUCUUGUAGCUUGGACAAAAC